AUGACUCGGCCAUACGCUCUCAUCUCUCUCGCCCUAUCGAUAGUAAUCGGCUUGGCUCUAGUCUCGAUCCUUGAUGACAUCACUAACCCAACUCUUCGAAGCAAUGUUAAGCCGUCAAUUUACAAGCUGGCAGGUAUCAAUGCCCUGACUUCCUUCCUUGAGAAAUACAUUCCAACAAGCUAUCUACGCCUUCCUCCCCUGCGAGCUGGGCUCCCGGCAUACUACCAGCACUCAAGUGGUCACAAUGCUACCAAUGUGAAUAGAGAAAAACUAAAGGGGAGAACGAUUAGUACUCGACAAUGGGAAGAGAAGUCUCGUCUGAGAGAUCGAAUGAAGAGGGAUGACAACAAAAAAUGGGACUCAUCGCAUCCGCGAUAUAGACUAUUAACAGCCAUGCAUGGCUUUGCUCGGUACAAAGAUAGAAAUUUAGCCGAAGCUGAUCGAUGGAAUACCUUAUAUUUGAACUCCCCCAUGCGCCACCGCAAAUUCCUUGAAUCUACCAUAGGGUACACCUCAAAGCUGAACAAGGUUAAAGACUUGUUUGCCGAGAACGAUGCCCUCGCCCAGGCAAUUUUAGCUCAUGCACUGGAUUUUUAUGAAGUCGAACGAGCUGAACUAGACCAGUUCAUUCAAGAGGCUGAGUCCAAUGGCAUUGUGGCCGACAAGACUAGCACAUCUCAAGCCAUGAAACAUUUCGUGAGGGAUUGGUCUACAGAAGGGCUGUUCGAAAGGGACGCGGCCUUCCCCUGUGUGUUGGAAGCCCUGCAAAAUUAUACUGUCCGUUCAAAUGAUAGACCUCUUCGCGUCCUAAUUCCUGGCUCUGGACUAGGCAGGUUAGCACACGAUGUCUCGAAACUAGAAGGAUUUGAGGUUACUUCCAACGAAUGGUCUUCAUAUAUGAACAUAGCGUACCGUUAUGUCGAGGCCUUGCAGCUUUUAAAUUCAGAAACAUUUUUCCCCUUUAUUGACUGGUGGUCACACCAGGCUUCCACUACAGACCUCCUUCGACCCGUUCAAUUCCCCGACACCAUUCCUUACCAUGCGAACAGUUCGCUAGAUCGUUCUCUCAUCCACAUUGAAGGGGACUUCAACUCCAUGCAUCAUGGCCUCCCGGCAGCCGAGACCAAAUACGACGUCGUGAUAACACUCUUUUUCAUCGACACUGCUAGAAAUCUGAUGUCCUAUUUUGAGACUAUUCAAGACUCCUUGAAUGAGGGAGGCACUUGGAUUAAUCUUGGUCCGCUCCUUUAUGGAAGUGCUCCAUUCUUGCAACUUUCUUUGGAUGAAAUUGUCGAUGUAUGUGAGCACUUGGGAUUUGAGUUCCUUGAUACGUCUUCAAAAUGUGGUGCCACUACCCUUGACGGGAGGAAAAUUAGAAGCAAAGAAGUGCCCUAUGGCCUUAGUGAUCGAUCUUUAUCCAAGAAUGCCUACAAAGCUCAAUUCUGGGUUGCAAAGAAGGGAAUGUAG